CAAGAGAUAAGAUGGUACGCAAGAAACUCAUUAGUAUAGACAUGGUUUUUGUGGUAUUGUUGCUUCAUGUCUUGAUCGGAGCUGCAAAGGGAAGCGGUAAUUUGGACAUUAGCGGUAUUCGACUUGCAAACGGUACAGGGCCAUUUGGUGGUCGAGUAGAAGUCAGUAUAAAUGGAGUUUGGGGAACGGUGUGUGAUUAUUCGUUUGAUAUGAAUGAUGCCAACGUUAUGUGUAGAAUGAUAAAUCUCAAAGCGACAGCUUAUGUUAGGGGUGCCUAUUAUGGGCAGGGUACUGGUCCUAUAUUUGCCCAAGAGUUUAAAUGCAAUGGAAACGAGCAACAUAUCAAAGACUGCGAAUUUGUUGAAAAUGUACAGUGCACACAUGCUAGGGAUAUAAGUAUUGUUUGUACAGAAUGUGGCGAAAUCGAUAUAUAUAUUGGAUACGCCAAGUCGAUAUCAAAGGAUGGAAGAGUGCUUUCUGCAGCAUGUAGACUAGGUUUUAGUACAAGCGUGGAUACGAGUGUCUGUGAAGAUGGUACCUGGUCAAUACCGUCGAUAUCUUGUACAGAAGAAACACCAUACAUUCGGCUAGUUAACGGUACUGGACUGUACGAUGGAAGAGUUGAGAUACUGGUGAACGGGACUUGGGGAACAAUAUGCAGUACAUCACUUUCAUGGCAAGACACGGUGACAAUAUGUAGAACACUUUUUGGCCUAACAGCGUGGCAUCGAACAUUUUAUACAACUUCCAACGUCUAUGGAGCAGGAUCAGGACCUAUUCAUUUAGACAAUCUUGACUGCGAUGGACUGAAAACAGAUCUUAAUGAAUGCACUUAUAGCCUAGAUGUGUCAUGUACAGACCAUAGUGGGGAUAUAGCUGUUGCUUGUAAUG